AUGUCCGACAUGGAUGAUUUGCUAGACUUUGAAGAUGGUGGAAUCGACUUCCCAACUAAUGAGAACUAUGAUUUAACAACAGCUUCAACAACAAUAGGUAAUAUAAUAGAUGACAAAAUGUUUGAUUUAGACGAAAAAAUAACAAAAAUAGAAGUGGCAACAGAAGAUAAAAGUGGUGAUGAUAAUGAAACUUUAGUAAAGCAAGAUACUUUUGAUUUUGAUAACUUGGAAGAAUUCAAUAUAAACGAUUCAGAUUUUCUUAAAAAAAAAAUUAGUGAAUCUUUAGAAAAUAAUUCUUUGGAAAAUAAAAACAUUGAUAAUGAUAAUAACAAUGAUAAUAGUGAUAAUAUUGACGAAUCAUUACUAAAAAAAGAUGAUGGUGAUAUUAAAUCAUCAAAAAAUUUAAAAUCUUCUGAAAAAGAAGAAGCAACAAACCAGCAACAAUUAUUGGCAAAUCAAAAUGCACAAAAUUUUCGUGGUCGUAAUUUAAGAAAAAAUAAUGAUUGGCGUCAACCCAAUCUUAAUGCUGGAGCUUUUCUAAACGGUGUAAUGUCUCCGUUUCGCCCCGGAUUUGCUCCCGGACAAAUGAUUGGACCAAAUAUUCAUGUAAAUCCGAAUUUUGCAAGAUUACGUCCCCAUGUUCUCCCAUUUGGAAAUCCUUUAAUGCAAUAUCCUGGUGGGCCACAUAUGAAUAUGUUACCGUAUCAAGGUCAAAUGGAAAUACCACAAUAUCACCCUUCGAUGAAUCCAAUGGCUGGUCGAGUUGCUAGAAGGCAGAUGAAUUCAUCACCAUCUGGUGCUAAUCAACAACAAAGACAUCCAUCAUCACAAUCACAGACUUCGUCUUCAUCCUCACCCUCAAAAAGAAAGUUUCCUGAUAAUGGAUUUGAACAAAAAGAAUCAGACAAUAAACGAUCAUCCACUUCAAAUAACAAUUCUUUAAUUCCAGAAUAUUACAAUGAGAGAAAGGGGACAUUGUAUUGGUAUGAUAUGUUAGUAAGAAGAAUGGAGAUUGCUGGACCAACAUUUAUUAAACUUGCACAAUGGGCAGCUUCUAGAACUGAUAUUUUCCCACAAGAAAUGUGCCUACGUCUUUCUAAACUUCAUUCAGCAGUGGAUCCUCAUCCAUUCGAAUUUACAAAGAAAAUAAUUGAAAAAUUUUUCAACGAACCUCUUGAACAAGUUUUUUCAGAGUUUGAUCAAAUUCCAAUUGGCGUUGGGGCUAUUGCACAAGUAUUUAUACUAUUCUUCGCCCAAAGGGUUGAAUAA